CUUUGGAUCAUAGUUUUGGAAAUUGGGAGUCAAAGAAAACAUUAGAGCAGGCAUUGGUUGUGGAAUCAGCUUCCAAUAUUUUACAUUUUAGCCCAAUUGUGUAGGCCCAAAAAAGUUAGCAAAAGACCCAUAAAUUGAAUUGCUCGGGCGGAUAAGGGGAUUACAGUUUGCUACGGAGGUCUAAAACGCUGAAGCCGAUAAGGCUCUUUACUCUGCAAGUGCAAACAUGGCGACGAGCUCUCAUCUUCUUCCUCAGGCAUUGCAUAUGAUACCGAGAAUCCCUUCUUUCUCGUCGAAGAAUUUAGGGGUUUCUGCAUUUCUACCUCGAGCCUCAUCAGUGAACUCUCGGAUAUCUGUUAAUAGGGUAUUUAUGAAUCAUUCGAGCUCGAAUUUUGGCUUCGCGAUCGAUUCCAGGAAGAAAAGGGAGUUUAUCGUUAAAGCCGAAGAGAGCACUGAAGGCGAAACUGAGGCAGUUGUGGAGAAUGUUGCUGAAACCGAAGAGGAAGUAGAAGCCACUGAGGCGGUGGAAGCUAAGCCUCAGUGGAAGCCGAGGAUCAAGCUCGGAGAUGUCAUGGGAAUACUGAACCAGAAAGCAAUCGAGGUUUCAGAGAAAGUAAGACCGGUUCCAGAAAUUAGAACAGGGGACAUUGUUGAAAUCAAACUGGAAGUUCCUGAGAACAGACGUAGGCUGUCCAUAUACAAAGGUAUAGUGAUGUCUAGACAAAAUGCAGGCAUCCACACUACUAUUCGCAUCCGGAGAAUCAUUGCAGGCAUUGGCGUUGAAAUCGUCUUUCCUAUAUACUCUCCUAACAUUAAAGAGAUCAAAGUGGUUAAUCACAGGAAAGUGAGAAGAGCAAGACUUUACUAUCUGAGGGACAAACUUCCUCGUCUCUCUACUUUUAAAUGAAUACAAAACCCAACACAGUCAUGUGUUUUGUUCAACCUCCAAAGGUAGCUAAUCUCUCCUUUUACAUACUCUCUCUGUCUCUUUCUUCAUGUAAUAAUUGUUUGUUUGUCUUUUGGAUUACAUUUCUUUUCUUGUAAUUUACAGUGACAGUAAUUUUAUAAAAGUAAAUCAAAAUGUUAUGUGAAACCACCCCUCUUGAUGUUUUGACUCCUUUAUUGUACAUUGGCAGCAUUAUCUUUGUACUCCGAACGUGAACGUAAGUCAAAAUGCAAAAGAAAAAACAAUCAUUUUCUCGGACAUUGUUAGUUGCCAAUUUGUAAAUUUGAGUUUUUUAAAAUGCUAGUUGGCAAAUAUUUCUCUCUUUAAAACCGUUUGAAUCAUAUUGAGAAAUUUAAACUAAUAGUAACAUUUUGAUUGAUAUGUUACUACUAAUUUCUGGUUCACAUUGAAUAUCAAUGAUCACAGUGACUGUUAUAAUUCAAAUUUCAAGCGUAACCAUUCAAACUUUGAGAUUCUACUUUGGUCUUAUUGAAUCAAUGACUUUCCAUCUAAAGCAGACAAACGAAUAUCC